ACUCGUACCUCAUAUAACGGCGCUGUUGACGGAAGUGAAACGAACAGCAAUAGAAUUUGCAAAACAUGUGUUUACAUUAUGCUAGUUUGAGCUUUAUUAACGUUGCCUGUUAUACAAGUAGAAACAUGUAAUAUAUUUUUGUUUACAAAGCGUUAACGUGCAAUGUCUCGUACAAUGCAGCCGACUUGUGAUUCUCACGUUAGCUCGAUGCUAAACUUGAGCUCUACUGGUUCCACUUUCCGUGUUGUUGUGGGUGUAACUGGUAGUGUUGCAGCAAUGAAGUUACCUUUGUUGGUGUCACAACUUCUCGAAAUACCCGGGAUUGAUGUACGGGUGGUCACCACAGACCAUGCUACCCAUUUUUACAAUGUUGCUGAGGUUCCUGUCCAUGUCUACACAGACAAAGAUGAGUGGGAGAUAUUUAAAACACGCUCAGACCCUGUGCUACACAUAGAACUGAGACGGUGGGCCAACCUGCUGGUCAUUGCUCCACUGGAUGCAAACACACUCGGCAAGAUAGCCAGUGGUAUUUGCGACAACCUUCUGACAUGCAUCGUAAGAGCGUGGGACACGAGUCGCCCUCUACUCUUUUGUCCUGCCAUGAACACGGCUAUGUGGCAGCAUCCGAUCACUGCCCAGCAAGUGGCCACACUUCAGGGCUUUGGCUACGUGGAGAUCCCCUGCAUUUAUAAGAAGCUGGUUUGUGGAGAUGAAGGCAAAGGUGCAAUGGCAGAGGUGUCAACUAUUGUGGAUGCCAUCCGAAAGUAUCUUCCAAGACCAGCUGAGAAAAUCACAGCACAUGUUGAUAAACACUGAAAGUGCAAUAUAUAUCCUACUGUGAAUGUAUAAUAUUGUAUAUAGUUUUAUAGAAUAAAUAGUUUUCUUUAAUGUGUGAUUUUUAAGUUCUUAUAUUUUGGGUAUUUUAAAAAGACAAAUUUUAAUUUAAAAAAAUUAAAAAACAAACAAAAAAUGUGCAAUAAAGUCAUUUACAAAUGUAACUUUUUUUUUUAAUGAAAUUUGAAAUAUACCUUUAAACAUUUAUUUAAAUUAUAAGUGAACUCAGUGAUGAAAGUUUAGUGCAUGUUUUUUGAUCUACCUUUAUUGUACAUCCUACAGACUGCGGUGCAGACAGAUACAUUUUGGGCGCUGCAGCAUAGUAAAUAUAUGAUAAAUAGUAGUUUUUCUGUGUGACAAAUACAAUGCGUGAUACUUGAGAGCUCUGGCAGAACCAUUGAUUUAAAAGUAGUCCACACUAAGUUAGGAGGUUAUCUGAAGUAAAUGAUCAAUUACUAACUACAGUUUAUUUUAAGUUACUUGAACUCUAGUGUAAGUGCUCUAUACUAAACAGACAUUUGUUAGCGCAACAUUUAUUUAUUAUUUUGUACAACAAUUUUCACUAUUUCAAUUUACUUAGUUUCUUUAAGGCAAUUGGUUUGCAUGCUUUUUUAAGUAAGGUUAACUAAUUAGAUUUUACAGUGUGGUCAUUUCCUGAGUCUUGUUGAGAAUCACAACAGGAGCCGCUGCUGCUGAAAAAAAUUAGUCAAAUGAGCAAUAGUUAUUGUUUUGUUAUUGUUUUUUUAUUAAUAUGUUAAUGAAUUACAAUUAAUUGAUUAAUGUAACUUUAUACAUUUGCUAUAAAGGUUGGUAAUAAUUUCUGUAUAAUAAAGUCUACUUUAAAAUAUUAUGACACAGGAAAUAUGUUUUUAUGAAUAAAAAGCAGAGUAAACAUUUUUUCUUUACUUUCAUGAUUCAAUAAACAGACUGUGAUCAAGUCAAUAAUCAAAAUUCAAUAAAUAUUUUACAUUA